AUGGCAGAUCCAGGAGUGAAUCAUGAGAUUGACAAAGGUACCAUUGAUUCUGCUACUAACUUGACACAAUCAGUUGAAUUGGACAGUAGAAUACCUAAAUAUGACAGUGGAAAGAACAAAAGUCUGGGUACAUGCAUAGCUUCAACUUCGAGUGUAUCACCUAUGGUUCAAUCGCAACCAAAUACACAUGCAGAUGAAAAUCUGCAGAAAUUGAAGGCUAACAAGGACUCAACUGCUUCGGAGUGGGUCAAUCUGUUUGCUAACAAUCGAAUAGCAUCCAAUGGCAUUGCUCUAUCUUACAUAGCCCCGACGAUUGUGGAUGGUAAUGUGGUUAUUCAACUAGAUCCAGUUGAGACUGCGAAAGAGGUUGAAAAGUGGAAGCAUUCGCUGAUUGUUGCGGUAUUAGGAGAAAUCCCAGGCUAUAAUCAGAUGAAGAGAUAUAUUAAUCACAAUUGGUCAAAAGCCUCAUGGUCUGAAUUGUUUUGGCAUGAAAAAGGAUAUUUCAUUGCCAAAUUCAAAGAGGAAGAUGACCUCAAGGAAGUCCUGUAUGGAGGGCCUUACACGAUUAAUAAUCGACCUAUUAUCCUGAAGAAAUGGUCUCUUGAUGUAGAAUUUGAUACAGCCUUUCUCAAAGAGAUUCCCCUAUGGGUCUCUUUUCCUAAUUUACCUAUGGCUUACUGGGGAAAAGAGUCUCUAAGCAGGCUGGGAAGUGCUAUUGGAGUGCCACUAUUUGCUGAUGAAUGUACAGCUAAUCAGUCGAGAAUCUCAUUUGCGAGGAUGCUAAUUGAAGUGAACAUUACUAAGCCACUACCAACUGGAGUCACAAUACAGGAUCCUUCUGGAAAGAUGUACAAGCAAGUGGUGCGGUUUGAAUGGCAACCUGAAUUCUGCUCUGAUUGUCAACAGCUGGGGCAUAUAUGCAAACGCAAUGAGGAAGUUCAAGGGAGACCUCAAAAUAUUCAGAAAGUAUAUGGCAAAGCUCAUCAGCCAGCAAAGGAGUGGAGAAGCAAAGGCAGUAUACAACAGAACACAAGUAAGGAGCUAACUAAACCAAACACUAAUUCCAAUAGUGCUGAAACAGUAUCUCCCAUAGCCCAAGUUGCCCCUACAGUAUUUCAUAAUAUAAUAGCUGGAAAAUCAGUGGAUACUGCACAGGGCAUGACACAUGCUAAAAGGCAUGAGAAUAGUGUAUUGAGAGACAAAAAUAGUGUUUUAACUCCCAGAACAAAUGUAGGUGAUACUGAUUUUUCAAUUAUCACAAAGAACACUUUUGAAGUGCUAUCAGGAGGUCCAGGGGGUAGACAACCACCAGAUAGAGGUGGUACAUCAGUUAAUGGGAGAAUAUGGUUACUAGUGGACAGUAAUAUAUGGCAAGUAGAUGUGAUUCAAACAGAUGCUCAAUUUAUUCACUGCAUCAUUAGUAACUCUUCUAUCAGGUGUGCUAUGACUGUGGUAUAUGGGUAUAAUAGCUUAGAGAAGAGGAAGGAGAUGUGGCAAAAGCUUCAAAGUCUUGCACAAACUAUUAACUAUCCAUGGUUGUUGUGGGGGGAUUUUAAUGCUAUCAUUUCUACCCAAGAUAGAGUAUCAAAGGUUGCUCCUACUCAAGCUGAUAUACAAGAUUUUGCAAACUUUUGUUCUGACACAAUGUUGAUUGAAAUCCCUUGGAGAGGGGAAUUCUUUACAUGGACAAAUGGACAAAUGGGUGAAGACAGGGUUGUUAGCAGGUUAGAUAGAGCUUUGGGGAAUGAUGAAUGGAUGAUGAAUUUUGAUCACCUAACAGUUGAAAUAGGAGAUCCAUUUAUAUCAGACCACUCACCCCUCACCCUAAAAUUCCAUAGGAGAAAUAAUAGUAUAAGAGUGCCAUUCAGGCUGAAAGCAAUGAAGCCUGUAUUCAAGGACUUAAACAAUAAAAACUUCAGAAAUAUCAUAGAAAAGAUAAACCAAGCAAGAAGAGAACUUAUUGAAUACCAACAAGAAAUGAAUAGAAAUUAUUCAGAUCAACUAAGAAUGAUGGAGAAAGAGGCCAUAUUUCAAUUAGAAAAAUGGUCAAGUAUUAAAGAGAAGAUUCUGCAGCAGAAAUCUAGAGCUCACUGGAUCAAUGUUGGAGAUGGAAACAACAAAUAUUUCUUUGCAAUGUUGAAAGACAGGACAAGCAGGAAAAAUAUUCAUACACUAACAGCUCUGAAUGGUGAAAUACUAACAGACCCUAAAAGAAUUAAGAAGGAGAUAGUGGACUUCUAUAGGGCCCUUAUGGGAACUGCAGCUACUACUCUUCCAGCUGUUAACAUGCAAAUUCUGAAAAAGGGGCCUCAACUAAAUCAUCAGCAGAUAGUGGAACUGACCAAAGAUAUAUCCAAACAUGAAGUAAAUGAAUGUAUGCAUGCUAUUGGUAAUGAUAAAGCUCCUGGCAUUGAUGAUUAUAAUGUUGUCUUCUUCAAAAAAGCAUGA